AUGACUCUAGUCCUGCUUUUCUGCACUCUUGUUCUCAUUCUGCAGAUGACCAGUGCCAGAAAUAUACCUUAUUUAACAGGAGAGAAGUACAGGGUGUGGGGUGAGGAAGGCACACAUGUGACCCUUCCUUGCUACCUGAGUCCCCAGACGGUGAAAGACAACUUGAGGCACCUGUACAAAGGAUUAGAGGUUCACUGGGUGCGUCAUGGAGGCAGUUCUUCCAUGAAACAUCAUUUGGUGCUCAAGGUGAAGCCCAGUGGGCUUAAGAGUCUGGGCCAUUCCAUGAUGCGCCGAGUAACUGUCUGGGACACUGGCUUUCUUAAGGGGAAUUUUUCACUCCAGAUUAAGCCAUUGCUGAAGGAAGAUGCAGGAACCUAUGAAGCACGAGUGAGACAUGGGAACGAGGGCUGGCACUGCCUGGUGGAGCUUGGUGUGAUGUCAGUCACUGCUCAUCCUUCUCGUCCUCUAAUUGAGUCUGAAUCGGUCAGGCUAAACUGCAACUCCAGCCACCCAGGAAAUCCUACCAACAUCCUCUGGUUCCACAGAGAUGUCCUCGUUCGCACCUCCUACAGGCUUCAUCCUAUGGGUCAAACCCUGCUUAUCACUGAAUCAGACUGUAGUGACGCUGGGCACUGGGUUUGCCAACUCACCUUUGCAGAUGGGGAGAGAAUUGCAGUCAGAUACAACCUGCAAGUUAUAGGAUUUACUGAGCAAGCCCCCUCUGUCAUCUAUACAGCAGCUGGAUCUGAUGCUUAUCUGCCCUGUGUCCUGAAUUCCAAUCCCAUGAACUAUGGAAUUUCAGGGGUCGCCAUCCAAUGGAGAUACAUGGCAGGGAGAGAACUGGAGGCUAAACCCAUUCCCAGUUAUGAAAACCAUCAAGAUUUCACUCUUCAUCUCCCAGCUGUUGGAUUAAAUAAUGCAGGCCAAUAUCUCUGCGAGAUCACCAUCCAAGGCGUUACUAUAAUUCAGAAUGUUACUCUGGCAGUGAUGGCAGUCAUUACCAGCACUGUUGGGCCAAGAAUUCCUGAAGGUUCUCACUUGGUCCUCAUGUGUAACCUCAGCUACUACACAGGAAAAGAGCAUUUUCAGUGGAAGUGGCUGGACUUGGAAUCCAGCAACAGCUCUCAGUCUGGUUCCAGUAGGCCCAUGAAAUGGGGCCCAAUCCAGGAAUUCUACCAGGUGUCAUCAAGGGAUGCAGGCAUCUGGGAAUGCAGUGCCCAUGGUCCAGAGGGGAAGCUGGGAUCGGUGCAGUAUCACCUGGAAAUUGCAGCGAAGCCAUCGCCGCGGCAGGUGACCAAGGAGGGCGAGCCAGGCUGUCAGGCGCUUGGUGGCCGGCCCCGGCUCCGCUUAUGCACCCAGCCACCGGUGGAGAGGGAGGAGAGAGAGAGAGAGACCGCGGCUCCUGCAGCCACAGCCCCGCCUCGGCUCUUUCACUUGCAGGAGCCGCGGAUGCCGUGGCUGAGAGGAGCGGAAGCAACCGCGGCAGCUUCCCUGGCUGCUCGCCCCAAAGGGAGGAGCGAAGUGGGGCCAGGAUGGGCCAGUGCCCAGCUUGCCAGCUUGCCCUCUGUACCAACUGAGACAAUAUUUGGCCUGUUAUUAUUUUUCCUUGUUGUCUUAUUCUUCAUCAUAGGCUUGGUCUACCUGAGACGAAGGAGGUAUUCCCUGAACUUCCAAGCGUUGGAUAGGAUUGUGGAUGCUUUGCCUGGGAAAGUAGAAAAGAAUGGAAGCCAGAAGAAGAUUCUACAAUCGGAAUGCUAAAGGAAAGGAAAACAAGGAUUACUUAUAUGAGAACUGCCAAGACUGGCCAACUAUGAAUAGAUUUAUGUUGGUUUGGGUCAAGGGUCAGUAAGUUUACUGUGUUUUAAACUAUGAGAGAGAUCUUCCUUGAAAACAGUGAAAUCUGAAAGUACAGUAAUCUGUUGAGGGAGCGGAUGUAGAGCCAAUUUCUUCACAGAAGUCAUCUUUAAAAUCUGCUGGAUUUCUCAGAGAUGAUUGCUCCCCCUUUUAACUGCUUGGUAGUCCCCUAUAUGUCUCCCCCCCCCCUUUUGUGCAAGUUUAGGGAGUCUUGUUCAUUUCUGUCCCUUUCUCAAAGCUAUUGUUGCAUGUCCUGAUCCACAAAAUAGUACAGAUAUUCCUUAACAUAUGACCACAAUUGGGACUGGGAUUGCCAUUUUAAAUUGGUAUGUCAUAAAGUGAGACAUCAUGUGGCCAUGCCACCUUACGGCAGCAAUCCCAUCAUUCUUUGUUGUGGUUAUUAAUUAGGAAUUGCAGGUACCCAUUUCAGUCCAAACCAUUCCAAACUUUCUCCCUCCUAGCCCAGAACCUCAGUAAGAUAAGUGAUUGCCUCCAACUCCCUCCCCCACCCACCUGUAUCUCCCCCAUCUGUGUGUUUAGGCCCUCUGCCCACCUGCCUUGUAAGGUGGCAAGCAGUCCCAGAGCUGCAUGCCUGUGAAGCUGUUUGCCAUGACUCACAAAGCCUCAGCUGCCCCAGCAAGUGCCAGCAAGCGCUCAUAUGCUCAGCUUCAUUUCUUUGCAGAACCCAGUUGUUAUUCUUCUGUUUGUAAUCCACAGUUCUAUAAACAGAAAUAAUUAUCUCUGAAAGCUCAAAUCUUUCAAUAAAGUAAUUUUGUUUAGAUUUUAAA